AGUAUCAGCUGAUCCGUGGUGGGGGAAGGACGUGUUGACGCGUGCUCCCAGGCCUAUCAAAGUAUUAGGCCGCAGAUGCGAUAAACAGUGAAGCAGUACCAGCACGCACGCCGGCACUCACUUCUCGUUUUGGUAAAGAGAGACGCUUGUGUGAUUGAUGUGUUGUGUUGACAUCUGGUCCACCUGCCACCUGGCGGAGAGUGAGGACAACAUGCCAGCUUCCUGACCAGCUUUGGAGAGACUGGAACACCUUGAGUGUGGAGCCCCGUCCUGCCCGUGUGGUGGGUAGGCGGGCAUGGUGGGCGUGCGGGCGCGGGCAGUAUGUACCGCGCGUGGGCGUGGCGGGCAGUGCAGUGCAUCACGUGCAAUUGGUACGCCCACGAGGAGAAGGGCGAGGACGAGGAAGGACUCUGGGAGUGCGGGUGUGGGUGGGUACGGGUAUGGACGUGCAUAGAACGCCGUAAAUCGCAUCCUCUAUGCCACUCGUGGCACCAUGAGAGUCGUCUGGAGCUGGGCAUCCACGAACACCUCCCAGACGACCACCACGACAACCACGCCCACCACAACCACGCCCACGACAACCACGCCCACACAAAUGACUUGGUCUACAACCACAAUGAGGAAGAGAUCCUUCAGCACCAUCAUUUUCCCCUGCACAAUGACGCAUCUAUUACCCACAACCUCAACAGUUUCCAGACACUCAAAGAUGAGAUGGCCGAGGUCACAGCGGAGAUGGAGGCGCUGGACACGGGGGAAGACAGUAAGAAUAAUCCGAAGAGUAAGCAGAUGAGCAUCGGAAGGAAAAAGUUCAACAUGGAUCCAAAGAAAGGAAUAGAGUACCUAAUUGAUCACGGGCUGUUGAAGAACACCCCUGAUGAUAUUGCACAAUUCCUGUACAAAGGAGAAGGAUUGAACAAGACAGCCAUUGGAGACUAUCUUGGUGAACGUAACGACUUCAACCAGUCGGUUCUAGAUGCGUUUGUCUGUCUUCAUGAUUUUACCGAUUUGAUCCUAGUACAGGCUCUAAGACAAUUUCUGUGGAGUUUCCGUUUGCCUGGAGAAGCACAAAAGAUUGACAGAAUGAUGGAACGCUUUGCCCACCGAUACUGUGAACUCAACCCCUCAAUCUUCCAGCACCCUGAUACUUGUUUUGUGCUGUCAUUUGCAAUCAUCAUGUUGAAUACGUCUUUGCACAACCCUGCAGUCAAGGACAAACAAACUAUUGAACAGUUUAUCACCAUGAACCGAGGCAUUGACAAUGGUGAUGAUCUUCCAAGAGAACUUUUGGAGAGUUUAUAUGAUAGUAUCAAGACAGAACCUUUUAAGAUUCCUGAAGAUGAUGGGAAUGAUCUGAUGCACACAUUCUUUAAUCCUGAUCGUGAGGGAUGGCUUAUGAAGCAAGGUGGCCGCUACAAAUCUUGGAAGAGGAGAUGGUUUAUUCUCAAUGAUAAUUGUCUCUACUAUUUUGAGUACACUACAGACAAGGAGCCAAGAGGGAUUAUUCCAUUGGAGAAUAUCGAGGUUCGUGAAGUACAAGACCGCAAUAAGCCAAAUUGCUUUGAGUUGUAUGCCACAUCAACAGAUUUCAUAAAAGCAUGCAAGACAGACAGCGAAGGCAAAGUAGUAGAAGGCAAGCACACUGUGUACCGAAUGUCUGCGGCAACCCCCGAUGAAAAGGAAGAAUGGAUCAAGUGUAUAAGACAAAGUAUUAGCCAUAAUCCAUUCUAUGAUAUGUUGGCAAAGAGAAAGAAGAAUAUUCAGAAGAAUAGCAGUCGAUAAUUGUGGAUGAAAGGUGGUGGUGUAGAGAGUUGGCUUAAAGACUGACAUCCAAGUGGUCAGUAUCUAAAUUGGUGAUAAUAUUUAAGAGACAUGAGUGCUCAAGAACAUAUAGAUUUGUGGUCUACUAUGUGAUGUGAUAAAAGGACUUAACAGGAAUUGCUAAUGGAUAAGUUUUCUCCGAUAUUACAAACUUUAAUGUACAAUUGUGAUCGGCUGAAAUUCCUGUCCAUGACUUUGCAGUUUGAAACGUACACAGUCCACACCCAGAAAAAAGCAGUUGGUUUGCGUAAGUGUUCACCUUGAAAAAUGAACACUGCAUCAGAAUCACCCAUGAUCUUGGUGAUUUAAGCUUGUGAAUUCUUUGUGUACAUAUGUAUGUGAAUAGCAAAAUGACAGAAAUUGAUGGCAUAUGUUAUUAGAAACUGAUAUGUAUGCCAGUAAUUUACAAAGAUCUUGUGUAUUAGUGUAAAUAUGUGUAUGUAUUCGGCUUGCUGAAGCAUUUGUGUAUAAGGUCAUUUUGUUGUAAAUGUCAUAUUGUGACAAUCUUUGUGGCCAAAGAUUGUUUGGCCACAGAGUGAAUGGCACAAAGAACCAGUUUGUAUUAAAAUGUGUAAAUGUUUGUAUAUAUAUGUAUGUAUGCAUGCAUGCAUGCAUGCGUGUGUGUGUGUGUAUAAGAGAGAGGGGAAGGGGGAUAACAGUAUUUUAUCAGAAUAUAACUACAGUAUAACAAAUAUGAAUGGUUGCAGGAACCAUUUCAAAUGAAUACGGUACAUUUAUGCUACCUACCUGCAGUGCACACUUUAAUUUCAUGCCAUAUUUUACAUUUUAUUAUGCACAUAAAUACCAUUGAAAUUAUCCAGAUUUUACUGACCUAGAUGAUGUAUGGAUGAAUCUUGCAGCUUUAUUGCUCAUUUUAUUAGCACAAAAACAAGCAUAAUUUUUGAAGAAUAGUAGGAACAGCUUGCUAUUUGUAUUAGAAGUAUUAAAACAAUUUUUGUUUUAAUAAAACUGCAACUAAGUAGUAGUUUAUUGGCAGUCUGAAUUUGCUCACAUUGUGUAGUUUGAAAUAAUUUCUACAAAUGGCAAACAAAAUUUUAAGUAAUCUGUACAUUGUCAUAUGCUAAGCCUGUAUGUAAAUGCCUCCAAUGAGAAACAAAGUACUGUAUAAUUUUACGGCAUAUAAUUUGUAAAGUAUUCCCAGCAAUUUUUCUUCACAUCUGCACUUUCGUCUAAUCCUGUUGAUGUGUGUUGUGAUCGAGUCUGCCAUUGUGAACUAGCCUCAUAUUACUACAGUACAAGUCCCAAGUAUGUUUCAGAAUUCAGUAUCUUGGUUACUCACACGGUUAAGCUGCAGAAGAUACUCGGAUCUCAUACAAUGUAUAUUUGUGUGUCUUACAGCAUGGCACAGUCUAUCAUGUUACUGUUCUUCAUUCUGCAUGUGCUGUUUUCCUUCAGCAAUACUCAAAAAAAAUUAUCUAAUUCCUAGCAUUGAAAACCAAUAGCUGUGUAUCACUUUUCAAAAGCAGAAAUGGUCUUUUUUUUUUAUUAUAGUAGCCUAUUUGGUUAUACUGUUUUAAAAUUCUACUCCCAAGUGAUGUUUUGAGAAUUUUCUUGAGCUUAAAACUGUUGGCAAAAUUGUCCAGUUCGUGUGUCAGGGUAUUGAACAAUAAAGAUGUUAAUUUUAUUAGAUUUGUUAUUUGUAUAUCUUGUAUUUUAUUUUUCUUCUAAAUAUCAUUCAACAUGUUCAAUGUUAUUUAAUAAUUAAGAACUAUCCAUGUUUAAUGGAUAAUUAAAGAAAUAAUAUUUAUACAGCUACCAAAGAAAUGUUCACAUGAAUUUUCAUUUCACAUUGUGCAACAUGUAAGAGUUGGUUUUAGUGUAGUCUCAUUCACCUUACCCUUGAUACACUGUCUUUGAUUACAAAAGCAAAAUUGAAUUCAUCUAUUCAUCUGUUUUUAUCUACUUACUACCUACUUCUGAUUAUGUACAGGCUCGUAAGGAUUUUACCCAGUUGUAAAUAUUUCUGUAAGUCUUUAUAUUAUUGUAAUUAAUAAAGUGAUAACAUGU